AAUCACUCCCAGAAAUCAAAAUGUACAAAAGUGAAUUUCUACUGAGAGUUAUGACCAAAAAUAAAUCCUUAGAAAAUAUUUUCCUUAGAAAAAAAGAUCAAGCUGUCACCGAGUACAUUUAUAUGAUAUUAGAAGACAUAAUGAUCAGAGACGAUUUUGACAGUCAUAUAUUCGCUAUUAUUAAAAAGGUCUUUUCUCUCAAAGCACUCGAUCAAAAUAGAUUACAAGAUAUGUUACGAAAAAAAUACCAAGAAAAAGUACCAUAUAAAAUAGAUGUAAUUAAAUUAUUAAAUUUGUGGUGUGUUGUAAAUAAUUUUGUAAAACUAUUAUUACAUGAUUCAAGACCAGAAGAUUUAUACUUUGCAUUCAUCGAAAGUGGUUUAUUAUGCGAACUUUACAAUAACUUUCAGGAUGAUUACGAAGAACUACUCACCGCAAAAAAGUUUAUCGAUUUAGUAUUAUCCUAUCUAAAUAAUACAUCAG